GGGACGGAUCGCUCUCCGCUCCACCGCCGGCGCACCGGCAGGGCACAGGGGACAGCGCACCGGGUGCGGACGGAGCCGAGGAUGCGGCGGGCGCUGCUCACCCUCCUGCUGCUGCUCGCCCGCCCGCCGCCCGCCGCCGCCCGCCCCGCGCGCCCCGACGGCUCCGUCCCGGCGGCCGCGGCCGGGGCCGAGGCUCGGGACAGCCCGCUCUGGCCGCCGCUGGCGCCGCCGGCCCCGGAGCCGUGGCGGGCGCGGCGGGACGAGCCGCCGCUCUCCAUCGACCUCACCUUCCACCUCCUGCGGCACCUCCUGCUGCUCGCCCGCGCCCAGAGCCAGCGCGCCCGCGCCGACAGCAACCGCCUCAUCCUCGACGCCGUCGGGCGCUGAGCGCCGUCCCGGACCCCCCCGGGACCGCGCCGGGGUCCAGCCACCGCCUCAGCCUCCACGCCGUGGGCCGCUCGGCGCCGCACCGGCAAAUUCACUGACACCUGCACGGGCACCGACACCGGCACCGGGCUGCACCCGCCUCA